GAAGGACUGUCUGGGAGUUUGUAUUUCUCAGUUUCCAAAUUACUGUCUUCGCAAACACUACGAAAAUUUUUUGUUCGAUCUUUUUUUUCUUCUAAAUUUUAAGAACAUUUUUUCAAAUUCUCUCUUAAAUUGUUGUUGUUGAAACAAAUUUUUUGGCUCGAAGCAAAGUGCAAAAUUCCCGAAAUGCCGGCUCGCGUGAAACAGUUCUCAUCGAUGUGCACUUCGAUGAAGCCGGUCCUCACUCUGUCCCUGCGCUCGUACAGUGGCUACUCGCCGGUGCACAAUGCGGCGAUUAAUCGGGCGAUGAUGAAUUUCGGCUGCGGCAGCCGGCAGUGGCCCGAGCGAGAAGACUGGUUCGCAGCCAGGCAGUUGAUGCUGCAGAACCGGAACCAGAACCAGAACCAGAACCGCUACUGGAGCCACAGCAGUGGCAGACAAGGACUGGACCAGACCAGGAGCCGGCGACGUCGAUCCCAGGAUCUGAGCGCGCACACCAUUGGCGAUCUGGACACCGAAGUCGGAGCUCACAAGCGGGAGCAGCACAGGCAGGCCUCGGGCGGGAUGGAGUCCACCCCGGAAGAUGAGCGGCGAUAUUACCCGGACCAGGACCGGAAGGCACAGGCCCUGGUGGAGGAGCGCUACGAAAUGCAGGCCCCCCAUGACGAGCAGCGGGUGGGCACCGUUCGCGAGGUCAUCUUUCGCCAGCAGCAGGACGACAAGGAUGACGAGGAUGAGCUGCAGCGCAGACGAAACAGCGAGGAGCUCCGGCGACAAGUGUCCGCCCAGCGACACGAAUACAACACACCGCGGAGCGGCGUCAUCUCCCGCAAGGUCAUUUGUCCCUAUCCAUCGUACACCUCGCACCGCACCCGAUGGGCGGAGUUCCGGCAUGCCAUGAUCUACGGGCGAACGGCCUUCUAAGCUCUGGGCCUCGGGCCUCGGGCCUCAGCCCUCUCUUCGAUGCCAUACUCCUUCGGAAACAUUUCGAGCAGACUUUUACCAAAUAUAUAAUUAAUACGAACGAGUAAUUGGUAAACUUCUAAAUGAAAAUGGAAUACUUUUGGAGGAAUUGGAGAGGAGCAUGGGAAUCAGUUGCCUUGGAGCCAUAAUUCAAGGCACGACACAUUUCCCACGAAAUUUCCCAACAUUUUAGACAAUCCAUCAUAGAUGUUUGAUCAUGUCCGCAAUGUUGGCUAGCCUGUUGUGCAACGGAGCCCUCGCUCUGGGCCGCUGCGUGCCCCAGACUCGAAACAUUGGCACACGGCCAAAGUUCUGUGAGGAGAGCUCCUAUAGCCUGCACCCCGAGUACCGUCGCAACACGCCCUUCAUAUACAUGAGCAGGGAUCGCAGGCGAUCCGAAGCAUCGCCGAGUCGUGAUUACCGUUAUCAAGUGCACUCGGCCCAAUACCGCUGGGCGGAGUUCCGGCGCCACAUGAUCUUCGGUACCUACUAAAUUAGCAAUAGUUCAAUAAAAUACUACAAAUUGGUAUUUCAAUUUUGAAAA